AUGGAUGUAGCUGUGAUUGAUUGGAAGGAUUCGAAGUUCGAAAAGGACAUACUUUAUGAAGACAUUAACGCUCCUCACUGGAUUGAUUUCUCCAGUCAUGAUCCUCCUGUUGAUGAUGAAGCUCGGGGCAUUCACAAAGCGCCGUUGAAUUUUAGGGCCCAAGAAGCUGCAAUUGUAGCUGCACAUGGAAAUAUGGUAGAUUUCCAAAGAAGAAAUAGUAAUUCUUAUAUCUUUUAUCACUACCCUUAUGGGCAUUGGCUACCAGAAAAGCUUCAUAAUGCAUUAAGAGGCACUGGAUUUUAUCAAAAGGCUCAUAUGGAGAUUAAAAAGGCAGAUGGAAAUGGAGCAGUUAUUGCUGAACAAUUAUCGUUAUUGACUUCUGAACUAAUUAUUGAAAUUCUUUCACGAACAUCAUUACAAACAUUUGCUACUGUACGUUGUACAAAUAAAUAUUAUGGAAAUCUAACAUACAACAACUAUGUUCUUCAUAACUACAACCGUAGAAAUAAUGUGGUUUGUGGAAUUAUCGUUCAACAAAAAAAACCAUGGAGAAAUAUAGAGCGUCAGUUUGUUCCGUCUUCUGGUAGCAACAAUCUAGACAUUGAUUGGCUACCACAUACUUGUACUAUUUUAGCAUCAUCAUUGUGUGGACUCCUUCUUGCUGAAUCCUAUGAUCCAGAUGAAUACAUUUCAAAGAUUUUAUUUGUUAUCAAACCAACGACUACAGAUGCCAAAUGGAUACAUUUUCCGACCUCUGAAUACACUGCAACAAAGUUUGCUUUGGUAGUUAUCAGUUCGAACCCGUUACAUUUCAAGGUCAUUCGAUUGUUAUACACAAAGCCAUCUGAUAUGCCAAAGGAAAAAGUGGACUACGAUUACUACAACAUAGAAUUGUUUUCAUCUAUUACAUGGCAAUGGAGGGAGUUUCAAAAUGUCCAGUUACCAUCAUCUGUUUAUCCUGUUUUUGAUGAAGCAGUUACAUGUGGCGGUGUCGUAUACUUCUUAUUAUCUAAUGAUACCAUAUUAUGA